AUGCAGAAUAAUAUCCCACAGUAUAUCCUUGAUCGUGGCGCAUCCGCUAGGGACUACCGUCGCAGAUCGAGCUGCGUGUCGCGUACGAGCAAUUCGUCUAUUAAUUAUACCUCUUUGCAAAAAGAUGAGCACUUUUUGGAAGAAGAGUUACCACACUCAGAGAUUGUAGACCUCCCAGAAGUAAAUCUUGAGAACUACCAGUUGAGUCCUGUAACUGAAAGACGCAGUAGAGAUGAGUACCGCGGUACAAUUGCUGACUUGCGCGCAUGCAAUAGCACUUACAUGCAGCCACCCUCAGACCAGCAUUUUCGCGGUUUGCCUAUUAUCAAUUCAACACAGCCAGACGACGAUAAACCCGAUUCACCUCACUUAACAGUGCUCAAUACGACUGAUUCUCCACAGAAAAACCAACCUCAACAGCGCCGGCAAAGUCGCUUUGGUGUAGCUAGACCCAAACUGAUACAUUUCUAA